UUUUGUAGCAGAUAAUUCUGCAAAAAUUCAAAAAUGUACUCCUAUUAUGUUUAAUAUUUAUUACAUUUAACCCUUAGUCCGUAGCGGCAACAUACAAGUUGCCAUCAUACUUAAAGCAAAAACGCAUCUCUACUAUAAUAAUUACGGUUCGAAAUCGAAUGACUAGAAAGGAAUGUCAAAUGGGUAAAGGGUUAAGAUUACGGUCAGGGAAACACUUGAAAUAACGCCCGGAAAACCGGGAAAAGGCAGGGAAUUUUGGUUGUAGUAAAUAGUGGUCACCCUGUUUCAGAUUGUGAAUUGCUUAUCAAAUAAAUAAAUCUUUAUUAUAUAAAAAUAAAACAAGAAUGACGCUAAACUAAACGCAACUCUGAUUUUGAGGUUAUCUUGGAAAAGCCACAGUCCUCAGCGGCAUGUCAGUGGCUUUUGUUUUGUUUUGAUUGUUGUUUUUUACAUAAUUUGCAAGUUUAGUUUUAUAUUUAACCCACUUGUAACUAGCUUAUCGUCGUAGACAUGGACGGCGAUUUGUACGAUGAAUUCGGGAAUUACAUAGGGCCGGAUCUGGAUUCGGAUUCUGACGAUGACCAGAGCGUCUACGAUAACCGAGAGGGCGAUGAGGAUGCCAUGGACGAUGACGAAGACGCUGAUGUGGAGCCGGAAGCCGCGCCCAUGUCGGUCGUGCUGCAUGAGGACAAACGAUACUACCCGCAAGCAGUGGAAGUAUACGGACCCGACGUAGAGACAGUGGUCCAAGAGGAAGACACCCAAGCGCUGGACAAGCCGCUGGUGGAGCCGGUCAAGCACAAGAAGUUCCAGAUGCAGCAGCAGGAGUUGCUGGAGACCACAUAUGAUAUGGAGUAUUUGGCGGACAUGCUGGACAAUACCAAUCUAAUGAGGAACGUGACUCUUAUGGGGCAUCUGCACAAUGGUAAGACUUCGUUCGUGGACUGCCUCAUCCGCCAGACCCACCCCAGCACCGUGAACAACGAGACCACCAUCCCCAUGCGAUACACAGACACCCUGUUCGUCGAGCAGGAGCGCGGGGUGUCCAUAAAAGCCAUGCCGGUCACACUUAUGCUGAAGAAUAUCAAGGGAAAGUCUCACUUGCUGAAUAUCAUGGACACCCCGGGCCAUGUGAAUUUUAGUGAUGAAGUAACUUCUGCUUUGAGGCUUUCUGACGGCGCGGUGCUGUUCGUUGACGCGGCAGAGGGCAUAAUGCUAAACACGGAGCGCCUCCUCCGGCACGCCGUGCAGGAGCGAGUGCCGCUCACGAUCUGCAUCAACAAGAUCGACCGCCUCAUGCUGGAGCUGAAGCUGCCGCCGGCAGACGCGUAUUACAAGCUGAGGCAUAUCAUAGACGAGUUGAACUCGUUGGUAGAAACCAACCAGCCUCAAGACAACCCCGACGAGCCGGCUACAGUGUUCUCGCCUUUACUGGGCAACGUCUGCUUCGCUUCCUCCCUCUACGACGUAUGCUUCACGCUGGAGUCGUUCGCCGCCAUGUACGCCGCCGCGCACCCCGCCGCGGGGCUCCGCGCCGCCGACAUGGCCGCGUGGUUGUGGGGCGACGUCUACUUCAACACGAAGACCAGGCGCUUCACGAAGAAGCAGCCGCACGCGUCCGCGCAGCGAAGCUUCGUCGAGUUCAUUCUUGAGCCGCUCUACAAGAUCUUCGCUCAGGUGGUCGGGGACGUGGACGACACGCUGCCGGCGGUGCUGGCCGAGCUGGACAUCAAGCUGUCCAAGCAGGAGUCCAAGCUCAACGUGCGCCCGCUGCUGCGGCUCGUGUGCAGCCGCCUGUUCGGGGACUUCCGAGGUUUCGUGGAGAUGGUGGUCCGUCACGUUCCGUCCCCGCUGGACGCGGCCCCGCGCAAAGUGGCCCACACGUACCGCGGCACCGAGGGCGCGCUGUGCGACGACAUGCGCGCCUGCGACCAGUCGGGCCGACUAGUCGCGCACACCACCAAGAUGUACCCCACUGACGACUGCAGCUUCUUCUUGGUGCUGGCGCGCGUGAUGGCGGGCACGCUGUACGCGGGGCAGGCCGUGCGCGUGCUCGGCGAGAACUACAGCUCGCAGGACGAGGAGGACUCGCGCGUCAUGCACGUCGGCCGGCUGUGGAUACACGAGGCCAGGUACAAGGUGGAGUUAAAUCGUGUUCCCGCCGGUUGCUGGGCCCUGGUGGAAGGCAUCGACCAGCCCAUAGUGAAGACCUGCACGGUCGUCGGAGCCGACGAGACGGAGGAGCUGCACACGUUCCGGCCGCUCCGGUUCGACACGCAGGCUGUCGUCAAGAUAGCCGUGGAGCCCGUCAACCCUUCGGAGCUGCCCAAGAUGCUGGACGGCCUGAGGAAGGUGAACAAGUCGUACCCGCUGCUGUCGACGCGCGUGGAGGAGAGCGGCGAGCACGUGGUGCUCGGCACGGGCGAGCUGUACCUCGACUGCGUCAUGCACGACCUGCGGGACAUGUACUCCGAGAUAGACAUCAAAGUCGCCGACCCAGUAGUAUCGUUCUGCGAGACGGUGGUGGAGACAUCCUCGCUGAAGUGCUUCGCGGAGACUCCCAACAAGCGCAACAAGCUGACGAUGAUAGCCGAGCCCUUGGAGAGAGGCCUGGCCGAGGACAUCGAGGCGGGCGCCGUGUGCGUCACGUGGGACAGGCGCAAGCUGGGCGAGUUCUUCCAGAACAAGUACGACUGGGACUUGCUCGCCGCGCGGUCGAUCUGGGCGUUCGGGCCCACGGCGGCCGGCCCCAACAUCCUGGUCGACGACACGCUGCCCUCCGAGGUCGACAAGCAUCUGCUGGCCUCCGUCAAGGAGAGCAUCGUGCAAGGGUUCCAAUGGGGCACACGCGAAGGCCCACUAUGCGAGGAGCCGAUCCGCAACGUGAAGUUCAAGAUUCUCGACGCGGUCAUAGCGCAAGAGCCGUUGCACCGAGGAGGAGGACAGAUCAUCCCCACAGCUCGCCGAGUGGCAUAUUCGGCGUUCCUGAUGGCGACGCCGCGCCUCAUGGAGCCGUACCUGUUCGUGGAAGUGCAGGCGCCCGCCGACUGCGUGUCCGCCGUCUACACCGUGCUCGCCAAACGGAGAGGUCACGUGACACAAGACGCGCCCGUGCCGGGCUCGCCGCUCUACACGAUCAAAGCGUUCGUGCCCGCCAUCGACUCGUUCGGCUUCGAGACGGACUUGCGGACGCACACGCAGGGCCAGGCCUUCUGUCUGCAGGUGUUCCACCACUGGCAGAUCGUGCCGGGAGACCCGCUCGACAAGAGCAUAGUCAUCAGGCCGCUGGAGCCGCAGCCCGCCACGCACCUGGCGCGCGAGUUCAUGGUGAAGACGCGGCGCCGCAAGGGCCUCAGCGAGGACGUCUCCAUCAACAAGUUCUUCGACGACCCCAUGCUGCUCGAGCUGGCGAGGCAGGACGUGCAGUUCAAUUAGUAUUCUACUUGUUAAUAAAUCUCACUAAAUAUC